UUUCAAAAUUUGAGUUUUGAUUUUUUACUUCAAAAAUAUAACUACAUAUUAGGAAAAAAUUGGUUUAAAUCGUUUCAUGUUUAUUUAACUCGCAUUCUCGCGUUCUUUCUCUGAAAGUUUGAUCAAUAAGUGAAAACAUGGAAUCUGAUUCAGAGGCUAGAUCGCUGAAUGCAAGCUUAAUGGAAUCAAAAUCGAAAAUAAAUACAAUGCCUACAUCCGAGAUUUCUAUUAAAGAAUUUUUGAACUUUCUAAGAACUGCUUAUCAAGUUCAAGAUAGCAUUGAAAGUAUUUUGACUGCAAAUGGCAUGACAGACGCAGUGGAAUGGUUAAAAAGAAAAGAAACACUAAUGUUACUUAACCAAAAUAGCAUUAGCUGCCAAACAGUUGUAGAGGUACCUAUGCCAGAUGACAAAAAAGAAAUAUGUAGAAAAAAAAGUACCGCCGCUUCUUUAAGCGCCGGAGAUUGCGAGCCUCUGAAACGGAAACUAAGCGAAGUUGUCUCCGAAGGACUUCUGGACUCGGUCCUUCCAUAUUUGGUCCAACAAAACAAUUCAAAAAAGAGUUUAGUCUCCAUCAAGCUUAGCGACAAAGGUGAUAAGCCUGUAGCUUCUCACUCUUCCACUACUACCAUACCUCCCAACGAAAAAAACAUGGCGAGAAGAAGAUCUAGUGAUAGUAUUAUUAAAUCGCUUCCCGUUGUUAAGGCCGAUUCAGAAGUUGAAAUCCAUGUAUGCGACGAGCUGAAGUCAGCCAAAAAGACCUUUUACUGUAACCAAAAUUUGCUAAUUUCCAAAAUGGGCUAUUUCGCAUCAGUAACUCAAGGCCAGCGUUUGGAAGAUAUGGAUAUAUCUGUUCACUGCGAUAUUGGUAUUUUCGAAUGGCUUAUGCAGUGGAUCAAGAAAGAUACUCUGCCGGAAUCAGAAUGGCCACAGUUGGAAUCUAAUUACGUUAUUCCCAUACUAGUGUCAGCAGCUUUCCUGGAAAUGGAAUCUUUAUUAGAAGACUGUCUGUUGUUUUGUCAUGAGCACAUGAAUGAUAUUUUAAAAACCAAUACAAAUCUGUCGUGUCUAAAUGAAUCUGUACUCAUCAGACUAGCUGCAAUGUAUACCAAUGUCGAAGUGGAAGCUAUCAAAGACAAGAAAGAUAAGAUACAGUCUCGACUUUUUACAAAGUUAAUACAGUCUUUAGCAGAACCAGAACCAGAGAGUGUAAGGGGACAUUGGUGUUCUCUGGCAAAAGUGUUUCGUUGUGAAAAAUGUCAGCUGUUAAUUACACCAGAUGUAGCAUCCAAAAUUCCGUGCGUUCCACCUUGCAUGCGACUCCAACCAGAUGGCAGUAUUAUCAGUUUACAUAUAAGAGAUCCGAAUUGGGAUAUCAACACUUACAUAAUUAGACUAUUUAAGACUUUAAAAUCAUGGCGGAGAGUCUAUUGGAGAUUAUGGGGUGAUGCCCAUUUCCUUUUCUGCUCUACUUGCCAACGCUAUUUCCCAUCAAACCAGAUUGGCUGGUGUCGCUAUCAUCCAGAUACUCCACAGUUCUUUACACUAGAUGCCCAAAGAGCACCGUUGCCCAUAGGACGAUUUCCUUGCUGCGGAGAAAGGGCUUACAGAUUUCAGCUCCUCGAAAACUUCAACGGAUGUCACUUCAGACAACAUACAGUUCUUGCAGAAGAUGUAAAAGACGCAUCAAUAUUUUCUAUGUUGGAAUCGUAUAGGCACUUAAUUGAAGAAGAGCCACCUCAGUUGCUAUUUCCUGAAAAAUUGACAAGACUUGUAGCAAGAGAUCCAAACAUUUCCGAUAAAAAAUUUGUAUGUAAAGAAGUGUUCUGGUGGGAUGGAUUCGAAAUAAUGCCUCCACGUCCUAAACUGGGACUUCUUACAAAUUUUGCAAACCGUGAAGAAGAACACCUGGAGACCGAAGAAAGUUCUGGGGAGUGUACAGAAGAAGAAUCUACAACUUCUGGUUCUUCUGAUACUGAAGGAAGUGCAGAGAGUAAUCCCAGGCCCUGUAUGAAGCCUGUUAAAAGAAGAAAUUUGAAACGUAAGCUCGAAUCCACUCUAUGGCAACCAAAUUUAUCAGCGAGAAGUAAUCAAGACAUUCAAAGAGCUUAUGAAGAAAAAACGAUCAAAGAGAUAACGGAGUUUUUAAAUCGUAACGUCAUUAUAGACAGUUUGACUAAACGCGGUUCAUCCAAAACUUCAACUCCUGUGGGAGGUAUAUGGGUGAGGUUGGAACAGGAAUGGAGAGAAAACUCACAAAAAAGUGGUAGGACAGCUGUCUCUACAAUCCAGGGCAAGAAUAAUAGAUUUAGGGGAAAAUAAAAAAAAACAGAAAAUGUUCUAAACAAAAAACUAGUAUCGUGUAGUAAAUAAAAAUUUUACACAAUUUUUAGAUCUAUUUUAUUUAUGGAUUAAUUAAAAAUACAACAAUACCCAUGACAGAUGAAAUUAGGGCUAAUAAACAAAAAUUUUCGAUAUAAAAAAAAUCUGGUAGUGUAAUGAAAAGUUCUUUACAUGAUCUUAAUAAAAAGAAACGUCUUUCUCUCUGCAGAUUGAUGGAAUCACAUACAAAUAAAUAUACAAA